UGUGGUUAGUAAAUCUUUAGCAGGCUGAGAGUGAGACAGCUGGAGUUGUGAUGCAGUGAGACAGUCUGAGGGGAGAACAGUCGGGUUGGACAGGUGAAACCACAGGAACCGGUUUAUAUGAGCACGAGUUCAGCUGCGUUUAGUCCUGUGAUGACUUCCACAGUCUCUCUGAUCUCAGGUAAGCAGCUCUAAUUACUCCGGUCUGAUCUCAGGAAGAAUGAACUGUAUUUAGACAGUAGCUGUGUUUGAUAAAGUCCUGCGAUAAAGCUUAGCUUGUGUUACCUUCACCUUUUGCCAUGACGGCUCCUGUGCCGAAGCCGAGAACCCGGUACAUGCUCGGGAAGAGUUUACGGAGUGGUUCCUCAGAGAGCAGUAACGUGGCUCAGGAUGAACCCACGACAGAAAAUAAAAUAUCUGAAGUGACCGGCCCAGAACUGAACGGUGGCUCGUGCUUCAUUCCUGCUGAUCUUCCUGAGCUUAAAGAGACAGACGACACACACGGAGGAGACGUAUUGGAGAAGUACGUGUGGCCACCUUCGCCUCCUCAAAGCUCCUCAGCGUCUGAUGAUGAGGAUAUUAAAAGUUUAUCAGAAUCAGUGAAGGAGUGUGUUACCUCCGAUUCCUCGGCUGACGAGUGCCCCACGACGCCCUUCACCCCACAGUCAGACACAAGUUUUAACAUCCCUCCUCUUAAAGAAUGUAAAAACUCCAUGAACGCGGAAAGCAGUGCUCCUCAGGUGAAUAAUUCUCAGUCUAAAAAUACAGAUCCAUUAAAGUCAGAAGUACUGAAGAGACCGGAUCAUCCUCCCGCCCCUAAGAGACCACGUGCUGCUACCAUCCGUGUUAGCAGGAGGAAAUCGUCAGGAGCAGCAGGGAAUGGCGUCCAGCCUGAAGAGAACUCCCACAGAGAGAGCGCCGUAUCACGCUCCAGCUGGCUGGAUGUCUGGAAGGGCCGCAAACACAAUGUGCUGUGGACCACAUUUGACGGUCAGGUGAUGUCUCUGUAUAAGAAACGCACGGACAAGUUUUCCGAGUACGUGUUCCACGUGUCGAGCGUUACCAACGUGCGUCAGCAGGACCGAGGACGCAUCUUCAUUUACUUCCACAAGAAACACUUGGAGUUCAUGGCUCACAAUGAAGACGUGAAGACAGGAUGGGUAACGUCACUGCUCGCUUCUCGAGGACAAGAACCACCUGCACCUCCUGGUCAUCACGGCUCACUGACAAUGAAGGAACCGCGUAGCAAAGUUUGCGCCGCCAUCUGUGGACACAACCUGUGGAUUUACAAGAGCAAAGAGGACUUUAAUUUGGGUUUCGGGAUGACCUUUGUGCCCAUGAAUGUGGCGUCGGUACAGCAGACUGGACGUCACAACUUUAGCCUCAUUACACCUUAUAAAACGUUCAAUUUCUCAGCGGACUCUUCACGAGAUUUAAUGACGUGGCUGGAUCAUCUGAACGAGGUGAUCCGCAAUGCCCUGUCCUGCAAUGAGGUAGCGCAGCGCUUGUGGUCGAGUCCCUGGAAUAAAGUGUGUGCUGAUUGCGGCAGUCCAAACCCAGAGUGGGCCUCCAUCAACCUGUUGAUGGUCAUCUGUGAGGCUUGCGCAGGAUUUCAUCGCAUGAUGGGGAGCAAUAGGGCCAAAGUGCGGAGUCUGAAAUUGGACAGUAAAGUGUGGACCGAGCCUCUGCUCCAGCUGUUUGUGCUUUACGGGAACAAAGCUGGCAAUAAUGUGUGGGGUCACAAUGUCCCGGCGGUGGAUCAGAUCCGCCCUGACGCUGGGCAGCAACAACGGGCCGCUUUCAUCAAAGCCAAGUACUGCAACGGUCUUUACCGCAGAGCGCAUCCUCUCGCCUCCAGCCAGACGCUCCUCAACCAGAGAUUGUGUGAAGUGGUGUGUGGACCUGACGUGGAGGAGACGCUCUCACUGCUGUGUUCAGGAGCCAAGGUUCUGGGUGGAGAUUCUUCAUCAGCCAUCAUGGUGGCAGAAAAAGCCGGACAGGCUCUACAGACCGAGCUGCUCCGACACAACGAGUUCAUAGAAACUCCUGACUUUGACCAGCAGAGACAGAUGAGAGAGCAGACAGGAUUAGAGGAGCUCCACGGCAGGCUGGAUGAUGAGCGUUUCCUCUUCUCUCAGGAGACCGAGUCGGCUGCAUGUGAUGUUCUCGACCUGAGAGAGGUCAUCUCUGUGUUCAAUCAAUCAGGUCAAACACAUGAGUUUGAGAUUCUGACACUGACAGACAAUCUCACCUGUUCCGCGGACACACAAGACCAGCUGCUCAAUCACAUGCAGCACAUUGUCAAGGUGGUGAUUCCUGGCCCCCUGUUGGAGGCGGAGCUUGUUGGGGUGAUGGGCGUGUCCCGGUUGUCUCUGAGAGAAGGAAGUGGACUUCAGUACACUGAGGUUUGGGUGACGAUCCGACCCGGGGAAAUCUUAAUCUAUCCCUUACACACACAAGCACCCCGGACCUCCAUCAUCCUCAACCAACACACAUGCUACAGUGUGUGUAAAUCGGAGAACACAGUGGAGGUGACUGCAGCAGAGAAGACUUUGUAUCUUCAAUUUGAGCGUGAUGAGAGCUGCAGCAAAUUUUACACUCUGCUCUCCAGCGCCGCCUCCAGCAACAGGAAGUCAGAUCAUCACUCCCUGUACACACUUCCUGCGGCGGUUAGUGGGCGUGUUCCUCCUGAGGUGCAGCGCUGCAUCUCUCACAUCACGCUGUACGGCCUGAAGGUGGAGGGUUUGUACCGCUGCUGUGGGUCGGUGGUUAAGGUCGCGGAGUUGGUGGAGAAGCUGCGUAAGGCUCCAGACGAAGUUGUUUUGGAGACAAAUGAAGUGUCUGUACAGGAAGUAGCAGGAGCGCUGAAGCACUUCCUUCGCAACUCACCUCAACUCAUCCCAUCAUCUGAGAGAGAGGGGUGGGUCAAAGCGGCAGCUCAGACUGAUCUCAGUAACCGACUGCAGGAAUAUUGCAGAUUGGUGAAACAUCUUCCUCCUGACAACAGGGCCCUACUGUCUACCCUGUUCAGUCACCUCUACAUCAUGCAGCUCUACAGUCAGGUGAACAAGAUGACGGCACAGAAUCUAGCAGUGGUCUUUGUUCCCACGCUGUUUGAGGAUUUGGCCAUGAACAUAAGCAUGGUGAAUCUGACGAGAGAGCUCAUCGUCCAUCACACAGCUGUCUUCCUGAGUAAAGACGAAGCUCCAGAGGAUGAUGUAAUGAUCACUGCGCUGUGAAGGAGAAAUAACGGCAUCCUCGCUGGGAUCCUGCUGCACUUAUAUACACACAUCUACAGUAAACGUCAGCAGCACUGAAAAUUCUCACUCAUCAUUUCUGCUUUGAUUUACUUUAUAAAGAUUAUAAAGAGUGUUUGUUUUCUGUGUAAUUUAAAGACGGAUGUAAUAACAAACAAAAGGAGAAUGUGACAAAUUCACUGAACUCAGUUUUACUUCUUUAUUACUCAAUUUGUUAUCAUUCUCAUGCUAAUAUUUAUACACAAACACUCCAUGUAUUGAAUAAAAGCCUUUUUUGCCAAUUAA